CGUUCGUUCCGUCAGUACCAGGAGAAGCAGAGAAGGCGCGACCUUUACAGCACCUUCACUCCCCACGCAUCAUGGCUUCCCGAUUAGCCCUGAGCUGCUUUCUACUGGCUAGCGUUGGCGUCUGCCUGGCGACUUUUGGACAUGAACAUGUUCAUAUUCGGGUGCAUAUACCUGAAGAGCAUCACUCUUCCAAAGAAGUGGUAAUACAUGAAGACCACGGACACGGCGGCGGCGGCGGUGGCUACGGAGGCGGUGGAGGCGGAGGCUUCGGGGGCGGGCACGGAGGUGGCCAUGGGGGUGGUCACGGCGGCGGUGGUGGCGGCCAUGGAGGAUCUCUUUCUGAUCACCUGCACGGAGGCUUCGCCGACUACUUGAAGGGUGGUGGUGGUCACGGAGGUGGUGGCCACGGAGGACAUGGCGGAGGCUUCGGCGGUGGGUCUGGAGGAGGAUUUGGAGGUGGCCAUGGCGGUGGCCACGGAGGACACGAUUUUGGAGGAGGAUACGACUCGGGUGGUCACGGAGGCGGUGACUUAGGAGGACAUGGCGGUGGUGACUUUGGUGGACACGGCGGCGGUGACUUCGGUGGACAUGGCGGCGGUGACUUCGGUGGACAUGGAGGUGGAGACUUCGGUGGACAUGGCAGCGGUGACUUCGGUGGACACGGAGGUGGUUUAGGGGGAGGAUUCGGUGGCGGCCACGGAGGAGGAUUCGGAGGUGACUUCGGGGGCGGCCAUGAUGACCACGGUCACGGUGGAGGUCUAAGCGGUGGAUUCGGCGGCGGGUAUGGCGGCGGUCACGGUGGUGGCGGCGGACAUGAUGACCAUGGUCAUGGCGGCGGUUUCGGAGGAGGCCUAGGAGGCGGAUUCGGAGGUGGCUUCGGAGGCGGCCAUGGAGGUGGCGGCGGUGGCCACGACGAACAUGAUCAUGGUGGUUCAUUUGGAGGUGGAUUCGGCGGAGGUUUUGGAGGUGGUCAUGGAGGAUCAGGCGGCGGUCAUGGCGGUGGUCAUGGAGGUGGCUUCAGUGCCAGUUUCGGAGGUUUUGGAGGAGGAAUUGGAGGAGGACACGAUGACCAUGGCAGCAGCUUUUCUGGCGGACAUGACAGCUACAGUGUAGGAGGCGGAGGUGGUUAUUCAUCUGGAGGCCACGGAAGCUCAGGUCUGGGAAGUUUCGGUGGUCAUGGCGGCGGUAUCGACAGCUACAGUAUCGGCGGCCAUGGAGGCGGCGGCGGCGGCGGCCAUGACAGCUACAGUAUUGGAGGUCACGGCGGCGGUGGUGGCGGCGGCGGCCAUGAUAGUUACUCCAGUGUAAGCUUCGAUUCUUUCGGCGGAGGCGGCGGCCACGGAGGUCACGGCGGCGGUGACAGCUACAGCAUCGGAGGAGGACACGGUGGUCAUGGAGGCGGAGGAGGAUUUGGAGGUGGCGACAGUUAUAGUGUCGGUUUUGGAGGCCACGGAUCUGGGGGUGGCGGCGGCGGCCAUGGCGGCGGCGGCCACGGGGGAUUCAGCUUAGGUGACAUCGGAGGAGGCCAUGGAGGUCACGCCGGUGGAGGCUUCGGCGGUGACAGUUACACAAACGCCCUGGGCGCUGGCCACGGCGGCGGGCCCUACCAUAAGCGAAAGUAACACACACAACCCAACUAAGUCAUAGUCCUCAGACGCCCAUGGAUAGUGUAUCCGGUGC